AUGGCACCGUCAGCCAUCCAACCACCACCCGCUCUUGACGCCCGUCGUGAAGUGACCAAACUCACCAAAGAACCGCUGCCCGCAGGGCUGGUUCGUAUCCCCCCUUCAAAGCUCGAUCUCCGCUCCGACGAUGAGAUCGCAGCGCUCCUGCAAACCCGCCGGCCCAUCGUCUCGGACAAGAAUGUCUGGGCAUUCUGGCACACGGGCUUCCAGGCGAUGCAGCCCUGGAACAGACGCAACAUCAUCAACUGGACUCGCCGCCUCGGGCCGGAAUGGACAGUCCACGUAGUCGACCGCGUGGACGGGUCGCCCACAAACAUCUUCAACUACGUCGACAAGUCGCCGCAGUGGUUCCCGCGCGCGUUCCUCGAGAACACGAUGGACGGGCCGAGCGUGGGCCCGCACUCGGGCGAUCUCGUGCGGCUGCCCCUGCUCUGGCUGUACGGGGGCGUCUGGAUGGACGCCGGCACGCUGCUGUUCCGACACAUCGAGGACAUUUGCUGGCGGGAGAUUGAGGAUCCGGCCAGCCCGUACGAGAUGGCCGGGUUCAUCAUCGAGAUGCGGCCCGAGAUCGACACCAUGCUCAACGGCUUCAUCGCGACGAAGCGGCACAACGACUUUGUCAGGAAGUGGCACGAGAUCUACCUUGAGCUGUGGCGUGGCGAGAAUCAGGAAGGAGGAGGAGGCCACAAGACCAACGCCGCCGGCUUCCACAAGCACCCCCUCCUUGCCCACCUGCCGCUGCUCAAGCCGCCAGUCGACAAGCUCAACUGCCCAGACUUGAACGUCAUGACCGAGGCGUUUAAUGACUACCUCGCCCACUUCUUGUGCUUCGAGAGACUUCGUACUCUCGUCGACGAUGGCAAGGACGCCAGUGGACAAGACAAGUUCGAUGGGCCAGAGUACUACGCCAAGAAAAUGUGGUUCGCCCCUGCAAUGCAGGAGCUCUGGGCCUUCCAGCAGCAAACUGGGUGGUCAGGCACGCGGCAAUUCGAGCUCCUCAACACACACCGAGACAAUAAAGCCCAGGAGAAGGACGACCUGUGGACCCAGGCAGAGUCGUUCGUGCACGAGGCCCUCGCCAACACGGCGACCAUGAAGCUCUCCCACGGCCCCGCGGGCGCACUGGACUCGUUCCUCGCGGACCUGUGGGACUCGGAGGAGCAUCAGGACAAGGAUAUCGCCGAGGGCACGUUUGCGGCGUACUUGCGCUAUGGCAGUGUCCACUAUGAUCAGAUCAGGGUCAUUGAGCCGGUUAAGCCGAGAACUGCAGGGGAAUAUACCUUGCACGCAGGUUAUCUCGAGCCCAAGACAAUGUGA